CGGGUCCCCGGCCCGGGAGAGGGGCCGCGUCCUGCCGCCCGGCUCUGCGCGCGCCCCGGGGAGCCCGCGCGCUGCCCCUUCGCCCGUCCGCCCGCAGCUGCUCGGGGCCGGCUUGCGGCGUGGCGCGGCGGCGGCGGCGGCGGCACACAAAGGGACCAGCCCCGCCGCCCCUCCGCCCUCCUCCAUGUCGUCUGGGCUGCUCCGGCUCCGCCGCGCGCGGCCCCGGCAGGAUGUGAGCCCCGCUGGCGGCUGGCGACCCCCGCAGCGCCCCGGCCGGGCGACGCCGCGCCCGGGCUGCCCGUGAGGAUCGCGGCGGCGGGCGGCGCCCCCCUCGGGCGGACGGCGGCUCUCCCCGGCGAGGCACCGCGGCGCUUCUGGCUCCGCUCUCCCUUCAUGGCCGCGAGGACCCGGCGGCGGCGGCGGCGGCGGCUGCUGCUCGCGGCGGAGGCGCCCUGAGGCCGAUCCGGAGCCGCGCCGAGAUGGGCGUUCUGGGGUGAUGCCGCCAGAGACGUUUCACCCUCCCUUCCGCCAUGUUGGCCUGCCUGCAGAGGACCCAGAACCCGCCAAGGCAGCAUCUGGGGUGUCCGAAUAAGGCCCUGGAGCCGCGCAAGGGUGAGGUCAUGGCCCCCAUCCGUUCCCCGCGAUACCCCAGCCCGGCUGAGCUCGAUGCUUACGCGCAGAAAGUGGCAAACAACCCCCUCACCAUCAAGAUCUUCCCCACCAACGUCAGGGUCCCCCAGCACAAGCACCUUAACCGGACGGUGAACGGGUACGACACGAUGGGCCAGCGCUACAGCCCCUACCCCCUGCAUGCCAGCAGCUACCAGGGUCUCCUGGCCGUUGUGAAGGCAUCCACUGGCAAAGGGGCCGUGAAGAACGCCGAGGGCAAGCGAACUAAGAUGUCCCCCGCCCACGUGGCCGUGGCCCCUUACUCGGUGUCCAGCACUUUAGCCCCCGGGCCGUCCUGCGCAGCCCAGCUGAGCUACCCCAGCAGCCAGAAGCAGAUGGAGGCACCGGCCCCCCCCAACGUCACAGUGGCUGCCUCGGUUGUCCCGCACACCAGCCGGAGCCUGGCGCUGCCCCCAGCCAACCUGCCCUCCAUCCAGAACAUCAUUUUCCAGAUCAAUCAGCAGUGCCAGGCCCAGGCCGGCCAGCAGGUGUGCCAGGGGGUGGUGGUGACCGACCCCAGCUCGGCCAAGCAUGGCACCACCAGCAGCUUCUCCACCAUGGCUGCGGUGGGGGCAGCGGUGGCCUACGCUGGCGCCGUGCUGCCGGAUUGCCGAAAGGGCACCGCCGAGCCAGUGGCCUGCUCCCACCCGGGCGGUGGCCUCGCAGGGCCCAAGCCAGGCCUUUACCCAGACAGCAUGGAUUACCUGCUUUGGCAGCAGAAGCAGCAGCCGCUGCGGAUGUACAGUGCGGGCAGUGGGGGGGCCAUCAGCAAGUCGCCCGAGGUGUGCACUGGGGUCUUGCGCGGCUACCCCGUGACGGGUGCCUCCGCUGCAGACCAGGUGAGCUCCUCCCCGCUGAACUGCACGGGCAUGCACGGGAAUUUCUCGGUGGGACAGUACUUCGCCCCUCCUUGGAACAGUGUCUUGGUCACCCCCAACAGCAGCGACUGCUACAACCCGCAGGAGCUGGCCAAUGGGCACCGGGACCUGGCCUUGCACCCCUCGGAGGGGCUUCCCAGCCUGCCCAGUAAGGCGGUUUGCAACACCUCCCUCCUCAGCAGCAGCCUCCAGUCACUGGAGUACCUGAUCAACGACAUCCGUCCGCCGUGCAUCAAGGAGCAGAUGCUGGGCAAGGGCUACGAGACUGUCUCCGUGCCCCGGCUCUUGGACCACCAGCACGCCCACAUCCGCCUCCCGGUUUACAGAUAAGGGGCGGAGGAGCCCCCAGGGCCAGGCCGCCCCAGGCAAAGGCAAACCUCUUGGGCCGUGUAGGUCAGGAAC